GGGUGGGGGAAGGUUGGUUAUGUGGAUUUUUUCAUUGCUUGUUGCUUAUUAGUUUAAAGCUUAAGUAAAUGAAAACCUAAUUAAUAGCCAGGCCCAAGCAGAGCGGAAGUCUGGACACAAUUAGGCCCAACUGAACCCUAUGGAAGCUGUUCCUUCCAGUCUGGCAGAAAUGCUUAAGUGGCUGUAGGAUUUGAGGGAAGGAGUAGAAUGAUUUGCUGAAAGCUGUGCAUGAUAAAAAGCAGCCCAGAUGCAAGUGCCUGGCAUAUGAACAUGCAGCGUAGAUACGGAUAGGAUGCAGCAGAAGCCCGAGCAGGUGCAAUCAUUAUCGAGGACUGAACUGGGAAUAAGUCAACUUGCUUUCUGCCUUUGCCUGAUUCUGUUCUCUGUCGCCUGGACAUGAGGCAAGAGCCUUUAAGGGAACCUUAAAAUAACAGCACUGCCUGGGAGAUCUGAUGAAUGUAACAGGUGCAGAGAUUAUUUCCAGUCUAUGCGUGUGCGUCUGUGUGUAGCAGCAAGAGGGGGAGAGAGCGAAAAAGCAGAAAGGGGGAGAGCACAUUGAUGUCCCUGCUGUGUCUCUGUAGCCUGAGAAACUUACAGCAGAUUGCCUUUCACCAACCUUAAUACUGGGAGAAAAGAAAGAAAGAAGAGCGGAGACAGAAGAAAAAAAAAACCCUCUGAGAUCCAACAGGUUUUCUUGAUCUUUCCUUUUUUUUCUUUUAUUUUCCGUCCCUCUUAUUUUAAGAGGCAAAAAAAUCUGUGAACACACAAAUGAUGUGGCCUAAUUUUUUCGUGCAAGAGGAGGAGCAACGUUACUCAGGAAGAGGUAGAGGCCAACGUGGAAAAGGCCUGACCGAUGCCCAGGAGGGCAAGAUCAAACUGGCGUUUUUCGUGGCCCUGGUUGGGGUGACUCUUACAGUGCUGGCAGUUGGGACAGAGUUUUGGGUGGAAGUCAACACAUACAAGCAGAACCACAGCUCGAUCUGCGAAGCCGCCCAUUUCGGGCUGUGGAAGUUCUGCCACAAGAAAUUGUGGAUAGCAGAUGUGGAUGACUAUCGAUUGACCUGUGGCCCCGCAGAGCUUCCCGGAGAGUCUAACUGCACUUAUUUCAAGUUUUUCACGACUGGUGAAAAUGCGCGCAUAUUUCAACGCGUUACUCAUAAAGAUCUGAACAUUUCUGCUGCUGUAAUGUCUCUUCUAAGCAUCACCUUUAUGGUAAUGGGAUCAAUUUGCAUAACUAUGGUUCUAAGCAAAGGGGUAGAGUUCCUCCUGAAGCCAGCAUCCUUCUUUUUCAUACUUUCCGGUACUUUUGUCCUGAUCACCAUGGAGCUAUUUCGGCAAGCAGUCAGGUGGCUAAUGGCGAGUAAUCAGAAAGUCCCGCUGGAAUAUGAGUACUCUUGGUCCGUGGCUUGUGCAGCAGCGGCAGGGGUCAUAUUGAUAUUUGGUGGAGGCUGCUGCUUGAUCCUGGUGUUGCCUGCUUUGCCCAAGAAACCCUGGGAAUACUGCCUGAAGAAAGGAAACAGUUCAUAAAGAAAGAAAGAGAUUGUACUCACACUAGUGUCACUAGACGAGGGGACUAGAGAACCAUGCACUGUGCCAUGGUGUGUAACUGAGAUGUCCUUUUCUUAGAAGGACAACUGUUUGUUUACCUUAUUGUGUUUCAUGCACCUGAUCCAGGUUAACAGUCGGUAUACAGACUGUAGGAAUGAUGGCUACGGCAAAAGGAAACGUUUCCACUUUCAACCCUUUAACAGACCUGACUUUUUCUUUUUUUGUUGUUGUUGUUUCUCUAUCUCCUUGUAAAUAUGCUUUAUUGCUUGUAUAUUAUUUGGGGGGUGGGGUAGGGUCGAGGGAAGGGAUUAUUGUAUAGAACCCAUGAAGAAUCUGGUGUCAUGUUGUACUGUGCUAUUAAAGUUUAUUUUUACUCUGC